GCGGGAAGGGCGAGCCCGGGCCCAUGGCAACGCCGGGGCGGGCAGCAGCAGCAGCUGGAGGGACCCGCUCCAGGCGACCGCGGCGAGCUGCCGGCCCCUGAGCUGCGAGGGCGGCUGUGCCCCGCUCGGCCGGUGAGACCGCUCGGCCCUUCCUCCGCCGGCUCCUUCCCCCGGCCCCUCGCCGGCCCGGCCCUGCGGCUGUGCCGAGCUCCCCGGUCUGUGGCACGGGGCUCCGCCGGGGUGCACACACAGCGCUGAGGAGGCUCCAUAGCCACCAAAAGCGCGGGGAAAGGCGGUGUUUGGCGCCGGCCGGCCGGGCCCUCCGCCUGCCCCGGGCCUGGCAGCUCCGCUCCGCCCCGGCGGGACCGGCCGGGACCGGGCGGGUCGGGCCCGCGGCUCCCGCGGCGCUGGGGCUGCCGAAGCCGAGCUCCGGGGGAUUGGGUUUGUGUGAUACGGAAACAUCGCAACACCUAAAUUGUGCCUUUCCCUAUUCCGAGCCGCUGCCGCCUUUGUCUCGUGCCAAGAAGCCAGUGCAGCCACCCACCCGUGGCAUUUGUCUUCAUGCAGUAGCGGAAGAGCUGAGGCACUAAUACCUUGAGACCUUCAGUUUUAUGCUUUCUUGACUUGCUAAACAGUAGCCCAGUUCUUCAGGACUUCCAGCAGUGUGAAAUGUAAUCAGAGUGUUGGUGCAUUCUGCUACUGGGAUGAUGACUACUGCAGAAGUUGUCAAGAAGAAGCAAAAUUACACUAGUGUGCAUGAAGCAGUGAAAGCUGGGGAUGUAGAACAGCUUGCAUCGAUGAUAAAAAGUGGAGCCAGUAUUAAUGAGGUGGAUGUAGUUCACAAAUUCACACCCUUGCAGUGUGCUGCCCACUCAGGAAGUCUGGAGUGCCUUCAGUGGCUGCUCUGGCAUGGAGCUGACACCGCACGUGUGACUGUGAGAGGCUGGACAGCGGCUCACCUGGCGGCCAUCCGAGGGCAGGAUGCCUGCAUGCAGGCCCUGUUACUGAGCGGAGCGGACGCAGCAGCGCGGGACGAGCGCGGGUGCGCGGCCUCGCACCUGGCCGCAGCCCACGGGCACUCGAACACGCUGCAGACGCUGCUGCGCUCGGGCGCGGAUGUAAACGUUUCAGACAGGAAUGACUGGAAACCUGUUCAUUAUGCUGCUUUUCACGGUCGCUUGGGGUGUUUGCAGCUUCUUGUUCGAUGGGGAGCGUGUGUAGAUGAUGUGGAUAACAAUGGAAACCUUCCAGCACAUCUGGCAGCAGUGGAAGGACACUUGCAUUGCUUUAAGUUCUUGGUCAGGAAAAUGGCCAGUGUUACACACGCUCUGAAAGCCAGGAAUGACCAUGGAGAGACUCCAAGAGACUUGGCUGAACGGUUCUACAAAGAUAAUAUUCUGCAAUAUAUUGAUGGUGUGGAAAAAGAGGAGGAAGAUCCAGAGAGACAGGAAGUUUUAGCGUUCCCGGGUCAUGAUGCUGCUUUCAACGGGGACUUACUGGUGGUUAGAAGACUAGUGAGAAGUGGAGUAAUCAACAUUAAUGAGCGGGACGAUAAGGGAUCCACUCUCCUGCACAAAGCUGCUGAACAGGGGCAUGUCCAUUGCUUACAGUGGUUGGUUGAAAUGGGAGCUGACUGUGACAUUACAAAUGAUGCUGGAGAGACUCCAAAGGAUGUAGCCAAGAGAUUUGGCCAUCUGGCAGCUGUGGAACUUCUGACACCAAGAACUGGAAACAGUAACUCUAGUGAUGAAGAACUAGAUGCAAACAACAUCAAGUUUUUUGAAACACAUGGUGUAGAAGGGAGUACAGAUAGCAAAGAGGAUUUAACCCUGGAUAAAGCAGAGAAAAUGAAUGCACGCAUAAGGGCCUAUCACAAGAUUAAAGAACUUCAGAGACUUCUAGAAAUUGCCUACAACAACUACAGACAGCUGGGGGGAAUAACUGAAGAGGAGAGGAAGAUAAGAAAAGAAGAAAGGAAAGCUGAGAAGGCUGUGAGGGAGCUGGAGGCCCAGCUGGAAUAUGAGCGAGUCAGGCGGGAGAAGCUGGAGAGCCAGCUGGAUGAUUACCGUGCUGAGAUAAACCAGCUCCGAGAGGGCCGGGGCAAAACCAGCACCGCCUCUGCUGCCUCCGAGGAAGCUGAGACAAUGACCAAAUCUUGCAAAGAUGAAGAUAAAGAAGCAGUCAGCCUGCAGCCCAAGAGGAGUGUGACUAGACCGAGGAACGAACCUCAGAGGAGGGGCAGCAGACUGGAGAGGAAAUUGGCUGCAAACAGAUGGAAGAAUUAACAACUCUAGAGAAGAGCCUCCUGAAGCUCCCAGAUUGCUGCAGGUGCGACAGAACAAUUCCAGAAGCCAAUGGCUGCUCUCAGAGGCCGUGCCCUGCUCAGCAGCACAGCCUCAGUGCUGAGAUGGGAGGCCCAGGGCAGCAGCCUGAGGAGCCACGUUUUCAGGGACACAUCCCAACAACUAUGCUGGAUACCUCAGAGCACCCCAGGCUACAGGGGCUUGUACUACUGUCACCCAGCUACUGGAAACUGCACUACAGGAGACCAGGGCUCACAUCAGACAUCCCAGAUUUCCCAUGGAACCAAAAUGACGAUGAAUUUGAAAAUGAGCUGUCAAACACAGCAGCAGUCCUGAAGCCUGACGAGUUGUCUUUUGGACUUUUUAUGCUGCUGUUUCAAUUAGUGUUAGAAUAAAGCUAAUUACAUUUUCCUUUGAACUUAUUCUCACUUCCAAAUAUAAUGCAUUACUCUUUUUUAUCCAGCUCCUACACAACAAAAACUUCACUGGUUAUGUACAUAUUGAGAAGACUAAUCUCAAAUUAUAUUUUUGAACAAAGAGAAAUUUGUUCUGCUUGGCAGGUGAAAGUACAAGUCCUGCCUCACAGAAACUGUGUGUCUGUGGAGACUCGAUGGGAGGCAGGACUGGUUACUCUCAGACCAGUCCUGAAUGACAACAAACCUUCAGGGUAACGUAAAUGACCUCAGCAAAACUUCUGUAGCAACUCCAUCACAUCAAAGGCUGCUGCAGCAAGCAGAGGUACUGUCAAACUGGGUAAGGCAUUUAGGCUUUCAAUUUCUUUUAACCAUGUCCAUAUUCGCCCUAAUCCCAGUUCUGGGCACAAUCCUAGUCCCAUAGUGGCAUGCUCCCAGCUCUUCUGUGUUCUCUGUCACAUUUCUUCCAGCUGGAGGGGGAAAGGGAGAUCUCCUUCACCCAAUCCCAGCUGCCUGCUGCUACAGCCGACCUCAUUUAGCACAUACUUCUGAACAGAAUUUUAUACAGCCACAAUCCAGUACCAGUGCUCACCUCCUUGCCUGUCACAUACCUGCCAA